AUCUCUCCUUCGAAGCGAUGAAAGAAUUGUUUGGAAGAAAAGCUCAACCACCGCUAAGGAAGAAAACCAAGGGACAGAAAGAGGAGGAUCGCCACCUACAGUUCUUUUCGUCUGUCUAUCCCUUGAGUAAGCCCCAAGCCUCCUUCUUCCUUCUUCUUGCCUCCACUUGAAUUCGCUUGUCCUUUCAAGCCAUGGGAAAACACCGAGUUGGUUUCGUGUUGAUCUUCUCUGCCAUUGCCUCCCUCGGCCUUGUCUCCUUCGCCUCUUGUCUUGUUGCAGAGGGUAAGAGAACCAAGAAGGGUGAUCUCAAGUUGGAUGGAAAGCUGUGUUUCUUGCCUGCCAGUCGUGCCUUCGGAUUUGGAGUUGCAGCACUGAUCUGUCUCUCAAUUGCUCAAAUUAUAGGCAACGUAGCAAUCUGGGCGAAUUGCUGGUGGAGACGAAAGGCGAGAAAGGCUAAGAAACCAUUCCUUACUGCAAUUCUCCUGGCUAUUUCCUGGAUCAGCUUUGGAGUUGCAGUCAUCUUAUUAAGUGCGGCCAUGAGUAUGAGCCGAACACAACCCUACAGAGAAGGAUGGUUCGAAGGUGAAUGCUACCUAGUUAGAGAUGGAGUGUUCAUAAGUUCCGGGGUAUUAAGCCUGGCUGCCCUUUUCUCGUUGCUCGGCGCAGCCGCCAUGAUGAUUACGGUGGAUCAGGUUGAUCAAGGCCAGAAAGUGUAUGCACAGAACGUCGACAAUAAAAGCAGUGAUAGGAUUGCAAUGUUUGGGGAAUCAGAGGCGGCUUAGUUUCAAGAAACAGGAUGGUUUUAUAAAUUUUCAAAGAAAAAGAACCAAGUCUUCCACUGAAGACCGCAACUGACAACAGCCGAAACAUUGCAGAAGCCAAAAGGCCCAACGGGAGGCUUGAAAAGCAAUACUGGAAACUCUUCUACAUCUUGAUAUUGAUAUUAGGAACACAUGGAACAAGGGACAGUGAGCAAGGGCCCAAAGGGGAUGCCCCACGAUUCACUUGACUUCCACGGUCCCGCUUCCCCCUUCCUAAAGUCAGAAAAGAUAAUUAACUUCAACAAAAAAAUGAGAGAGAUGGUUUUCUUCUUUUGUAUAUAUUCCCAUAAAGUUAGUUGAUGAUGUGGAUAGGCUCUCCACCAUUAAAACAAAAUCAAUACUAAAUUCAAUUUAUUUGAUACCUUAACAAACGUAUUCCC